AUGCCCCAUGCACUAUCACCAGAGCAAGACGUGCCGAGCUUAGAUGGCAAGAAACUCUUCGUGAACGACGGGUUGCUCCGACCAGAUCAAGUCGGGAAAUUGAAGGAGUCGUCUCCAGAAAUGCCCAUGGAAGAGCUGCGUCGGCGUUACAACGAAGAUGGAUAUGUCUUCCUCAAGGGGUUACUACCAAGGAACGAUGUCCUCAAAGCCCGCGAAGAGUACUUCAAGUCGCUCGCACCGAGCGGCGUGUUGAAACCUGGAACCCAGCCAGUGGAUGGCAUAUUCGAUCCUGAGAAGGACGCGGCAGACUUCCCUGGUAUUGGCGCUGGUGCGGCCCCUGGAAAUGGAAAGCCGGGAGAAGCGACAGCGGAGAAGUUCGUUAGUCUGGCGCUCGAAGCGCACUAUGCAGAUUGGUACAAAGAGGCGUUUUGCAAGCACCCUGCGCUGAAAGACUUUAUUGCCCGGAUGACAAACUGGGGCGACAACACUAUAGGGGUCCGUAGAAGCUUAUUGCGCAACAAUACACCAGGAAACAAGGCCAUCGGCGUACAUUAUGAUCAGAUCUUCCUCCGGCAUGGCGAGCCGACGAGUGUCACUGCCUGGGUACCUAUGGGCGAUGUAAGCUUGACUGGAGGAGGCUUGAUCUAUUUGGAAAAUGGUCAUACGCUUGGCCGUGAGGUAGAGGGAGACUUCAACCGAAAGGCAGCGGAAAGUGGAUUGAGCGACGAAGAAACGAAGAACGCUUUCAACCAGAACAUGCUAUCAACGGGGCUGCUCGCUGACGGUCCACGAGAGUAUUCUGACACCUUUGACAGGCGUUGGUUGGUGACGAACUACGAAGCGGGCGACGUAGUCCUCCACAACCCGUUUGCGAUACACGCAUCCACAUUGAAUCACGAUCCAAAUAACGUGAUUAGAGUUGGUACUGAUCUGAGAUUUGUCGAUGGCAGCAAGCCAUGGGACACUCGAUGGGACAAAGACUACGAGUUCAACGACGGUGUGUAA